AUGAAUCGAUUGGGAAAGGAAAAGGAAUAUUUAGGGCAGAGAAGAAGGGAAACUGGCAGAGCAAGCGAUCGAUGGGGGAGGGAGAGAGGGGAGCAAAAGGGAGAAAAACAGACGACAACUGGCAAGGGGAGAAGGGAGAAAAGAGAGGUCGAAGUAUGGAUGGAAGGGACGGAGACGAACCACGCAGAGCCGAUCGAAAAUUUGGGAGGAUGCAAUGCGGCGGCCAAUAGGCUUGCACAGGUGGCAGUCCAGAGAGUGGACUGGAAACAAGGGCAGGAAGACGAACUGGGUCGUAUUUUUUAUGACUGA